GAACAGCAUGCUUGUAUUUUUGUUUUUGAAAUUUUUGUUUUUCCUUAGCGCUGCGGACCAGCCUGGCGGAAUCUCCUAGAAGAAAGUCCCUCGAGCUGGAUUUCCUGCAGCCAUUUCCUCCAACCAACAUCCCCUGCCCCCCUUUCAAACCCUUUUCAGUAUAAAUUUUCAAUCAGAUGAAGUGUUGGGUCUUCUAAUUGGUUCCAGGAGUAAGGUGGCACUGACAAGUUUUUGAUUGGUGAUUAAAGGUUGGAGCUUCACUCCAAUCAGUUGCACGAGUUGUCUUUUCAAAAUUUGCGCCUUCUGGACCUGUCCUGGUGAUUUCAUUUAUUGAAUUUUUUAUGUAACGAGACUGGAGUUUUGCUCUUCCUCACUAUUUCAGAAGCAGUGUCAGUGAUGAGUGAAGUCCAUCACUGCAUCCUUGGAAGAAUCUUAGAGGGUCAUUAGUCAUAUAAUCUUCAUCUGUUGAUGAUCUUGUGCCUGCUAGUUCCCGUUCCAACAUGAACAACUCAUUUGGUGAUGAUUAUGAUGAAGCAACUGUUGCAGGAUUUGAAGUUUUAAGAUCACCCGAUGCAAGUUACAACAAUGUGUACCCAGGGAAUGAAGACGAGGCCCAGGAUCCACCUCUUGUCCCUCCACAGCUACAACAGACGUUACUUAGUUACCCAGCAAGUGCAGACACUACUGGAACUCUUCCCUUACCGCAAAACUUGACACUCAACCAUCUUUACAUUGAGAAACAGGAGACCCCACAAUCUGUGGUCGCACUUGGGUUCACUCAUCGCUUUCGUUCAAAAUUUGUUACAGUUGUGCUUUACAAACCAGUUCAAAGAAGGGGCACUACCAGCAGUUAGGAAUCGAACAUUAGGAGGAUACACCUAAAUUAGUGGUGAAAGAUACUUAUUUCCUCACAGAAACUUAUGAACUUAGGUUUGAUUUCUGCCGAGUUCUUUGUAGACUUGAUAUAUUCUUCAGGGUAGACUUGGUAUACCGUGGAAUUGGCUGGUUAGGUUAUGAUCUCAUGUGAGAAUUGUUUAUUUGAAAUGAUUGGGAUCAUUUGAUUGCAUUUGUGAAUAUAAAAUGCCUGCUUUAUACA